GAUGUCUUGGCAUUUACACACACAACAGUCUCUAGAGUUUUUACUCAUAAUGGGGCCAAAAACAAAAAUACCUCCAGACAGCGGCAUUUGUGCAGACGGAAACGCCUUGUUGAUGAAAGAGGUCAGAGGAGAACGGCCAGACUGGUUGGAGCUGAGAGAAAGGUUACGGUAACUCAGACAACAAGAAAAUCCUCUCGGGAUGCACAACACGCCAAACCGUGAGGCGAUGGACUACAGCAGCAGAAGACCACGUCGGGUUCCACUCCUGUCAGCUAAGAACGGAGAUCUUAAGCUGCAGUGGACGCAGGCUCACCAACACUGGACAGCUGAAGACUGGAAAAACGUAGCCUGGUCUGAUUAAUCUGGAUUCCUGCCGAGGCAGCAGAUAUUAGCGUCAGAAUUUGGCGUCAACAGCAUGAAACCAUGGACCCAACCUGCCUCGUGUCAACAGUCCAGGCUGCUGCUGGUGGCGUAACAGUGCGGGGAAGGUUUUCUUGGCAAACCUUGGGCCCCUUAACACCAAUCAAUCAUGGUUUUAAUGUCACAGCCUGUCUGAGUGUUGUUGCUGACCAUGUGCUUCCCUUUCUGGCCACAGUUCACCACCUUCUGGUGGCUGCUUCCAGCAGGAUAAUGUUCCAUGUCACAAAGCAAAAGUCGUCUCAAACUGGUUUCAUGAACAUGACAAUGGAAUGGAAUGGAAAUGUAUUUAAGGAAUAUAUUUUAACUGGGGUUUUUUAUGAGUAGGAAUGCCCAGCAAUCCCUGCCGUUACAGUAUUUCUGCUGAAAAGUUUAAUUUUCUCAACGACUCUUAGAGGGAUUUCCACGAAAGUUUGAACAGACAUUCGUGGCUCCUGGACGAUGAAUUCAAAUCACUUGGGUGGUGCCCUGACUUUUCGUCUGGCGCCACCAUGUUGUCAACAUUUUAAUUUGGGUUAUGAUCAAAUAUAAACCAAAUUACUCCAUUCCCGUAAGCCUCAGCUGUCCCUGUUUUCUGCCUACAGGCCAGGAGGGGAGCGGGUCGGACGAGUCCUGCGACAACUUCACAGACCUCAACCUGUCCCACUGCUUCAUGGGAACCAGCCUGUACGUCCGGCUGCUCCUCUACACCCGCUCCAACCUCGACUGCGGCCGUGAGAUCAACCACCACCACUUGUCCUCACAGCCUCUCUUCAAUCUCAGCCGCCCCACCGCCUUUGUCAUCCACGGCUACCGGCCCACCGGAGCGCCGCCGAUCUGGAUCAACCACAUAGUCCACCUGUUGGCCAAGCAGGAGGACAUGAACGUCAUCGUGGUGGACUGGAACAAGGGGGCAGCAAACCUGAACUACUUAACUGCUGUGGCCUACACGAGGGAGGCUGCCUAUAACCUGACCGGGUUCAUCAUGACUAUGGAGGAGGAAGGAGCCUCCCUGAGUUCAGUCCACCUCAUCGGCGUCAGUCUGGGAGCUCACCUGGCCGGAUUUGUGGGUGCAAACCUGAAGGGAAAGAUCGGACGCAUCACAGGUCUGGACCCGGCAGGGCCGAUGUUCACCAGCGCCAUCCCGGAGGAGAGGCUGGACCCCUCAGACGCCAUGUUUGUGGACGUGCUGCACACCGACAUGAACUCAUUUGGACUGACGGGAGCUCACGGUCACAUCGACUUCUAUGCCAAUGGUGGAGCCGACCAACCGGGAUGUCCCAAAACCAUCUUUGCAGGUAAAUCUUACUUCGUGUGUGACCACCAGCGCUCGGUGUUUCUGUUCUUGUGUGCUCUGAACCGCACCUGCAGCCUCACAGGUUACCCCUGCUCGUCCUACAGCGAUUUCGUGGACGCGAGAUGUCUGCAGUGUGAGGCCUUUAAACCCGCUUCCUGCCCUGUGCUCGGUUAUGAUGUCAGCAAGUGGCGAGAGACUCUGCUGCGACUGGGACAGACCAAAGUCUUCUUCAGCACCACCGCGACGCUGCCCUACAGGAAGCUGAGCUACAGAGUGGACAUGGUGACCUGGAACCAGUACCUCCGCUGGGGGGUCGUCUACAUCCGUCUACACAGCGGCAGACACUUCACAGAGACCAGAAUAGACCAUAAACUCUUCCGGUUGGAGCAGUACACCUCCACCCGCCUGCUGGCCCAGUUCGACGAGGAACUGCCGCACGUCCAAAAGAUCUCCCUGCGCAUCAACACGGGCAACGUGAUCGGCCCUCGAUACAAAAUCAGGCUGCUGCGAAUUCGCUUCACGCCGCUGGAACGUCCCGAGAGGCCUUUAAUGUGCCGCUUUGACAUCAUCAUGGAGGAGAACAUGGAGGUGGCGUUUCGACCUCUGCCCUGCGACUCCCGCCUCUGACUCCCUGACCAGACAGUCUUCUCCCUCUAUGAAAACACAUCUUAACUCACCCCUAACCCUGCUGAAGGACCCCCCAGACGUCCUCCGGAUGCUACAGGGUGUCCAGGCCCCCAGGUGGACCUCCAGGGGCCCCGCAGGAGGAGCCGCGGCCUCCUCACUGGCUGAUGGAGACGACCAAGCCGGUGCUGUGGGUAACUCCCGGUUACUGGAAUGUCAGCAUAUUGUUAUGUACGACUGAAGCCACAUCUCUGCUGGUGCUGACGGGAUUUCUGUAAAGCUGAUAAGAAUGACUCAUGAUAAGCUGUGAGAUCAGGACACACAGCGACAAGAUUUGUCGUGAGAUUAAGAGAAGAUCUGCCGCAGGAGAGGCUUGACGUCACGGUGAGGUCAGUUCUCUCGAUUGGAUGGAUCCUCAGAAACCCCUUCACCCCUAACUGCAGUGAACCUGUCAGUACUACUACACAUCCAUCACUUAGUACAACACAAUAUACAGAUAGGAGAGUCACAAAAAAAAAAAAAAUGUUGAUUGAUUUAUAAACCCAUUAUCUAAAAGGAGUCAUAGUCAGUCACAAACUUUUAGCAUUAAGUCUGAUUUCAAGGACUCAUGAAACAUAGAAUCAUGUAUUUAGUUAGAAAAGAGAGACAGGCAUUCAAAAAAAUAGAUUUAACAUAUCAUACGUCUCAUAUUCUGAUUUACAGAAUAAAUUUGGGCAAUAAUUAAAUAACAGUAGAUUUGCUCGCAAUUUUUAUAUUAAGUUUUUCCUCUUUUUGGUCCAAAAUGUGGUCCACGCGUAGCAUUUCCUCUGCGGAACAGCUGAUAACAUGUAAAAUGUCCAGUAAAGAAACGUUCUUCAGGCGCUAUGAGGCAGUGCAAGGAGGAAAGAUACGUUUUAAGCCUUUUGUUUACUCAGGCACGUCAGCGGUACAAGAAAAACACUGCUUUUCCUGAUCUGUGUCUGGCUAAAUAAAGGAAUAAAGGCUCUUACUAUCACUUCUACUUGUGAAACUGCUCGUGCACUGUUUAAAAAAAAAAAAAAAACAAUCUAAUUUUAUGAUGGUUUCCCAUGCUCCCCCCUUCAGAAUCGACCACUGGAAUAAAUAAAAAUGUAUAGUGGAUAAAUAAAUGUGUGUCAUGAUAAAUACAUGAUCAGCCUGUGCCAGUGUGUAAUCAACACUGGGUCCUGUACGCUACUGUACGUGGUCACCCUUAGGCCCCUUGAUUAGCCAAUGUGAAAAUUUAAUUAAAAAUAAGCUGUUAAUCUUGAUUUUUCAAAGGUGGAAAACUCCAUUUUUGAUUGUGAAUCCGUACGAUCCGUACCUGAACCCUCGAUCGGUUUCACUGCAGUUAAAAAGAUUUUCUUUCCUCUGUGCCUUAUACCAAGCGGUUCACCUUCAGGCUGAGAGCUGCUACUGUAACAGGGAUGCUGCUAUGAAGUCUGUCCACAGCGAUACAUAACCAGACGUAAGCUGUUUUACUGCAGUAGUCCUGCACUAAAGUGUGAUGUUGUAAACUGUGAGUUUUAUUUUGAAAUCAACGGUAGCUAAGGAUGAGUGUUUGUAGCUUGUUAAUUGAUCCCCAGAAGUUUUACACUAAUCAAGUCUUCGGAGGUUAGAGGACUUGAGUGUUAGUCAGAGUGACAAAAAAACUGAGCAGCCAAAACUAAGAUUUCCUCCAUGUAAAACUGAUGAAAAAUGUGUCACAGUGUUGAAAAACUAAACUGUUGUCUUUUGUU